AACAGCAACAGCAGCAGCCGAGCAUCCAAUUGACUUUUUUUUUUUGUGUUCAUUAAUUUGGCUGUGCACGUGCGUUGAAAGCAUUUUCAACUGCAAGACUUCGCAAUGGAGCACCAUACAUAUGCGAAAAGUGGCUCUAAGAAGUGGUCUGUGGAGGAGAAGCGUCUGCUAGUGACAAAACGCAUCGAAGCUGAGGAUUUGUUCUCCAAAUAUUCGUCGAAGCAGGCGGAGCCAUGGAAAAAGUUCAAGGACAUGGCCAAAAUAGGCGACUACAGCGAGCGCGCGCUGCGCAAGCAGUGGCUCAACAUGGUGCAGCGGUAUCGCAUACAGAAAUCGAAUAUGCAGGUGACGCCGCUCAACAAGCAGUGCAUCGAUGUGCUCAAUGAGGAAUGGGAGUUCUUUGGCGAGAUACAUGCAUAUAUGAAUCAGAAGACCACCGACCUGCACUCCUAUGCCCUCAAGGAGCCCAAUGUGCAGGAGCAAUCACUGUCGCCGUCGCAGUCGCCCAACAAUUUGGCCAUACGCGGCGUUGUCAAUGAUCACAACUUUGGUUCAUUGAUAGCCAAACAAUUUCAAAGGGAAUUCCGGUUGGAGCCGGUGGCUGUGGAGCAAGCUGCACCGCAUGCGCAGCAGGAUGAGCUGGCCAUGAGCUCCGCUGACCAGCGCUACACUCGCUUUAAUGCGGAAACUGGUGGGGAUUCGCCCCUGGAUCUAUUCACUGAUUCGGACUCGGAGGAGAGCUCACAGCCAUCGGAUCCGGUAGCCGUUGAGGUAUCCGAUCUAUCUGAAGUGGAGUCCCUUCUGGCCUCGCCCUUGCCCGCCAAGUCAGCGUCCGAUAUAUGCGAGACAAACACGGGGGACACGGGGGGCGAACAGCUGCCCGCCAGCUUUGAGACAGCAUCGGGCUCAAUACCGCUGGACGAUCAGCAGCAGGCAGCCAAAUCAGCCAGCUGGUCGGGAUCAGCAUCGCUGAUCGAACAGCAACCAGCAGCCAACAGGCCGACGGCCCACAGAAAGCGCAAGGCCCUCAGCGAAAAGGAUAAAUAUUAUAGACAUCGUCGCCGCUACGAGCAUCGCAUGGAGCGACGUCUGGGCGGGCUGUGCAAAGUUGCUGGACAGCUAUUGGAGCAGCUGGUGCCCGGCGUCAGUGUGACGCCGCUGCUCACAAAUAUCUACAAUAGCGUCGACGACUACAACUGCAAUAGCAGCUGUGACGACGACGACGGCGACGGCGAGGAGUCCAAUGAUGAUGUGCCUCAGCAGUGAGCGGAGAAGCUCGAAAACAUCAUGUUCCUCUAUAUAAGAAUCAUAUAUUGCUUUAUUUACACACACACACAUACACACACACAGGCGCACACACACGGACAGGUAAAAAGGAAAAGCAUGAACUGUAUUUAAAGAAAAGACUUGACAAAGCAUGAAACGCUAGUUCGAAACAGGAUCUCGCUAGGAUCAGCAAGGAUUAUUGUAGAUACUCGCUUAUGGCUAACACACACACACAUGGAAAAGAUGAUAUAGAUAUAUAUAUAUAUAUAUAUAUAUGGAUAGAUACUUAUGUAAAUAUAGGCAACGGAUUGCGCGAAGACGGAAGGACAGAAGCAAAGAUUUGUGUAUUAAGACUUUCCGGGACUGUUCUAAAAGACCUACUCAAAUUGGUUUAGAUAGCUGAUAUAUAUAGCAUAUAAAGAUGAAAUUUGAUUGUUUAUUCUUAGAGUGUAACUAUUAUUUAUAGUUAUGUGCAUUCUUCAAUAUAACUUUAUGCUCAGAGUGGAGA